AUUUUCACUACGAAAUAGUGAAUCGCCGAAACGCGUUAGUGAUCAGUAGCAUUUCUCUCUGCAAACAAGUUUUCAGGUAUUUUUAAUGCAUCUCGCAUAAUAAACAUUUUUAGUUUAAUUAAUAACAACAAAACACUCAAAAUGUUAUCGCGCUAUCUAACUAAAUGCAAUACAAUAGUUGGGCGUUUGUUCAGUUCAACGACUUUUAGGGGAUAUACAACAGCUGUGGAGCAAGCUCAGGAAAAUGAAGGAGCUUCUACUUCGAAUAAUUGGGAAAAUGCGCGUCCAUAUUCAGAGCUACCUGGGCCAAGCAUAUAUGAAAUAAUUCGUGGAUCUUUACCCGGAGGUGUGUUCUAUAAGAAAACCACAUUUAUUGAAGUAAUUACAACAAUGAAACGAAUAUAUGGCGACAUCUAUCGAUUUCCUUCCAUGUUUGGGAGACCAGAAACGGUAAUGAAUUUUAAUCCAAAUGAUUAUCCAAUAAUAUUUCGAAACGAGGGUAUUUGGCCAGAACGCCGUACUUUCGAAACCUUAAUUUAUCAUCGUAGGGUGCAUAGAGAAGAUUUCUUUCGAGGCAUGGGUGGACUAUUGACAACAACUGGCGAAGAAUGGGCAAAAAUACGUACCGCCGUUAAUCCGGUUCUAAUGCAACCCAAAAAUGCCAGACUCUACUUAAACACGUUAUUGGAAGUUAACGAUGAAUUUCUCGAAAGAAUACGUCAUAUACGCGAUCCUUUAACACUCGAAGUUCCCGAUGACUUUCAUGACGAUAUUAAUCGCCUCACUUUGGAAGGCGUUGUGAGCAUUGCACUAAACACUCGUUUAGGAAUAAUACAUAAAAGUCGCGAUAGUCUGGAAAGUAAAACACUGUUAAAAGAAAUUCGUAAUUUUUUCGCAUUGUCGGAAGAAGUAGAAGUCAACAUACCCAUUUGGAAGAUAAUCAAAACACCGAAGUUUUAUCAACUGAUGAAAACAUUGGACAUGCUUAUAGUACUAUGCAACAAAUAUAUUGAUAAAGCGCUAAUAAGAAUCGAUUUGGAUAGUGAGGGAAAAUUCACCUCAGAAAUGGGCAAGGAAAAAAGUGUUUUAGAGAAACUACUACGCAUUGAUCGCAAAAUCGCAGUGGUUAUGGCUUUGGAUAUGAUGAUGGCUGGCGUCGAUACAACAAGCUCCACCUUAACGGGCAUUUUAUUUUGCAUUGCUAAAAAUCCGGACAAACAACAGAAACUAUUGAAGGAACUAAAAAGCAUUUUGCCAAAUAAGGACUCCCAUUUGACUGUAGAGAAUAUGCAAAAUCUUCCAUAUCUACGCGCUUGUAUUAAGGAAGGCAUGCGCUAUCAUCCCAGUCUUGCUGGCACAAUUCGUCAGCUGCCCAACGAUGUUGUGCUGAGCGGAUAUCGCAUUCCGGCCGGUACUGAUGUUUCGGUUAGUUCCAAUUUGCUGUUACGCAAUGAGAAAUUUGUAGUAGAGCCAAAUAAAUAUAUACCAGAGCGUUGGCUGCGGAAUGACAUCGAGGGUAAAAAAUAUCAACUCAAUAACGCAUUUGUGUUUCUUCCCUUCGGAUUCGGUCCACGCAGUUGUGUGGGUAAACGAAUUGUGGACCUAGAAUUGGAGGUAACUUUGGCGUGUUUGGUGCGCAAUUUCUUGAUUGAGUUUAAUUAUUCAACGGAAAAUGCUUUUACACAGAAGCUCAUUUUCAUACCAACUAUACCACUGAAGUUCAGAUUCGAAGAAAGAAAGGAGUGAAGAUCGGAUGAUUAAUUUAAACGAAUAAAUAAAAGUAAAGUAAAGUAA